GGUUGUUUAGGCGCGAAUGUCUGAGUUCGGCUCUCAGAUACGUUGAAGAAGAUUCAGUCAGUGAGACUUCACAGCGUCUAACCUGCUGGAGUUUGUUUAAAAGCAUCAUAAUUGUACUAUUUAGCUCAAGAUGCCUAACGAAGCAGAUGCUUUCAAGAAAAAGUCUCAACAAUUAAAAACAAAUUCAAAAAGAAAAAUUGAUGAAGUGGAGUUGUCAGAGAAAGAGGUUAGAAGCACAAUAAAAAGAAGUAAAAACCAUCCAAAGCAUAUAUCUUCUGAAGGACAAACAAAUCAUACUAAUCUAAAACGCAUAAAGAUAGCAUCCAACAAGAGAAAAAGCUGGCAACCUCUUUCAAAGAAUAUGCAGGAACAUUUGAAAACUAUGAUGGAAGCGGUGAUAAUAGCAAUUUUGAGUAAUACUAAAGAAAAAGAACAAAUUCAGAAUCAUCUCAACUGCCUGAAGAAAAGGUUGCUGCAACUAUUUGAAACCCUGAAAGCGCCUCCCGAAAAGCUGAAAUAUUUAACUAAUGUGUCAAGUCUGCUGAAAAUGGAAAGAGCACAGGCCAGAGCUAAUGAAGAAGGACUGGCGCUACUGCAGGAAGAAAUAGAUAAAAUAGUACAGACUGCAGAGUCAGUGACUGGGAAUAUUCAAAGUCUAAAAAGCAAAAUUGAAAUUCUGGAACAUGAGAUAGAGGAAGAGGAGGAAAAGGCAAAAGAGAUGCUCCAGAUGGAUGGACGUAGCAUACUUUCUCUCCCAGAGCUUUCUCAGAACAGCCUGAAAACACCCACACUGCAGAAAGAAAUUCUGAUGCUAAUUCCCAACCAGAAUGUUCUUCUAAAAGACUUGGAUGUUCUUCAUAAUUCAUCCCAGAUGAAGAACUUGGCAGUGUUCAUCGAAGAAGCCUAUGAGAAACUAAGUGCCUCUUAGGGCAUUUUUCAAUAUUGUUUCCUAUUAAUUUAAUGUUUAUAAAUUGUAAAACUGUUAACCUAUGAUGUUAAAGAGGCUGAAGCUUCUGCAGGAUUUAUUGUCCUCUAAUAUGCACUUUAAAAUUGGCCUGUGAAGACCUAUCGUUAGCAUCUGGUGUAGUCCUGACAACUGUUUUUAGCAGUUAAGAAACCUAGAAGAUCAUUGUUUAUAUCGCUGUACUGCAGUUAUUUGCCUGAGACAUAAAGCAGGAACAGCCAUGAUCUGAUAGUUUAUGGCGGCUAAAAGAGGUUCCUCUGUCGGUUGGCACAGAGGAGUUGUGAUGCUGUGGUACUGUAUAUGUGAAGUGCUUACAUUUAGUGCUUAAAGAAUAAAACAUAAGUGUUUGCCAUCACUCACUCUUUAGCUAAGAGCUUGCAUUUUCUAUCUGGUUACAGGGAACUUUAGAAAUCCCCAAGUGCCUCUACCCUGACUCCCUAAUCUUCUUGGUCAGUAGUUAAGAUUCUCCAGAUACCUUCAACUUUGAAGGUGGCUUUAAAUUUUUUUCUUUUGUUUUAAAUACUUAUUUUCUACUGUUGUCAAAGCCUACUCUUAAGAACAUUACUAAGAAGGAGCCUAAGCACAUGUAUUCCCUUAAAACAAAACCAGCUGAAAAACUGUUUUGAAAAAACCCAGUGCAUGAGAACCAGCCACCAAAGGUAUGGGGUACUGAGAGACCAAAGAAGAAGGCAGACCUUUAGGAUUACCAGAAUGCAGUUUACUAGACCCAGAAGUAUGCCUCAGACAGCAGCAAAACAAGCAGAUUCUUGCACCCCAGAUUUCAGCAGCAGGAAAAAGGGGAUUAUAUGCUAAACCAGACAGAGGUGGCCCAUAGCCAAUUAGAAGGUAUGAUAAUAAGCUUUUAUAUAUAAAUAAAUUAUUACUUAAAUAUAUAAAAAAUCAUUUCUAAGCAACUAUUUGUAAAAUAAAAUAAUUGCAGUUUAUUUUUGUGUCUAACCUAAACUUUUUGUCAGUUUAUUUAGAAGUUACUGGGCCAGGAAUGAUGGCACACACCUGUAAUCUCAGCACUUGAGAGGCUGAGGCAGAAAGAUCACCGAGUUCAAGGCCAGCCUGAGCUACAUAGCGAGAGACCUUAUCUCAAAAAAAAGAAAAGUUGCCAUAAUUGUGUUAAUGUUCUCCAGGCAGAGACUAAUAGGAACACACCUGUGGUUGAGCAGAGUGAGUUUAUGCUUACUGUAAUUAGGAAAACCACAUGCCCUGGGGAUCCUAGGACAGCUCAGUAAAAGCAUCAAAAGCAAUAUCCUCUUAGGAAACAAUGGUAAGAAAGACCAGUAAUGGGUUUUAAUGGGAAAGAGAUUUCAAGACAGGAAUUAUAGCAAAGAGAUAAAAAUAACAAAAUAUUCUACAAAAUAUCUUUAAAAACUCUUCACUGGAAAUUUAAAGUCUCAUACUGACUAACAGAACCUGUGCUAGUUAACUGAUUGUGUCAGUCUGAGUAAGAAUUGCCCAACUAAAUUGUAUCAGCAUAGUUCUGGGGGUAGCUAAAAGGAUUUACUGAAGACUUGCCUAGAUUUACUGGGUGUGAGUGACGGCAACCAAUAGGCUCGCUUCCUGAAUGGUAUGAAAGGGAAAACGAGGAAGGAAGGCUCUCUUGUUCAGAGGAGCUCUAGUCUUCACCUUCCCCUUUGACACCGUCACCUGGCUUCCAGCACAGCCUCUUAACCCUUCUAGCACAGACUAUUCAGACUCCUGAUUCCUACUUGUACCAUACACUGCAGUGAGCUAUAGGCUCUUGACUGGAUCCUUUGGAUCUCCAGCACACAGACACCCCUUUGCACUUUUCCAUACCUGUCUGCGGGCAGCCAUUGUAAACCAAUCUUGUAAAUUCUUACACGUGUAUAUCUUACAUUAAAACUGUUUCUCUAUUAAGCACUGACA